AUGGUCCCUCUGCCUCCAGUUGUGGCAGCAGGGAGGGGCAGGCGUGUGAACAUGGACCUCAGCAGGCCAAACCUACAGCUGUCUGUGGAAGGUGCGCGGACCGGCCCUCAGCGGAACUGGGGAGAAGCAGGGUCAGAGGAGGACUUCAAGGUGAAAAACGAGACAAAACGGAGAGAACCGCCCUCGCCCAGCUCCACCAUGAUUCACAGCCUGUUCCUCAUAAAUGCCUCGGGGGACAUUUUCCUGGAGAAGCACUGGAAGAGUGUGGUCAGUCGCUCCGUGUGUGAUUACUUCUUCGAGGCCCAGGAGAGAGCGUCGGAGCCGGAGAACGUGCCUCCUGUGAUCCCCACGCCGCAUCACUACCUCAUCUCUGUGCUACGACACCGCAUUUACUUUGUGGCCGUCAUUCAGAGCGAGGUCCCGCCGCUGUUCGUCAUUGAGUUUCUGCACAGAGUUGUCGACACAUUUCAGGACUAUUUUGGAGUCUGCACAGAGGCAGCGAUAAAAGACAAUGUGGUCGUAGUUUAUGAACUUCUGGAGGAAAUGCUGGACAACGGCUUCCCACUGGCCACAGAGUCCAACAUCCUCAAAGAACUCAUAAAGCCGCCCACCAUCCUGCGGACCAUGGUCAACACCAUCACAGGAAGCACAAACGUGGGUGAGCAGCUCCCCACUGGUCAACUCUCGGUGGUGCCAUGGCGACGGACAGGGGUCAAAUACACCAACAACGAGGCGUAUUUUGACGUGGUCGAGGAGAUUGAUGCCAUCAUUGACAAAUCUGGAUCCACCAUCACAGCUGAAAUCCAGGGAGUCGUUGACGCCUGCGUGAAGCUGACCGGCAUGCCCGACCUCACUCUCUCCUUUAUGAACCCUCGGCUGCUGGAUGACGUAAGCUUCCACCCCUGUGUGCGGUUCAAACGCUGGGAAGCAGAGCGCAUCCUCUCCUUUAUCCCUCCAGAUGGAAACUUCCGGCUGCUCUCGUACCACGUCAGCUCGCAGAACCUCGUGGCCAUCCCAGUGUACGUCAAACACAACAUCACGUUUCGCGAGGGCAGUUCUCAGGGCCGUUUUGACAUGACGCUGGGCCCCAAACAGACCAUGGGUAAAGCGGUGGAGGCCGUGUUAGUUAGCAGCCAGCUCCCUCGAGGCGUCCUCAACGUCAACCUCAACCCCUCCCAAGGAACAUACACGUUUGACCCUGUCACCAAGUUGCUGUCCUGGGACGUGGGGAAGAUCAACCCUCAGAAACUGCCCAAUCUGAAGGGCAGCAUGAGCCUCCAGGCCGGAGCCUCCAAACCAGAUGAGAACCCCACCUUCAACAUCCAGUUUAAGAUCCAACAAAUGGCCAUCUCAGGGCUGAAGGUGAACCGCCUGGAUAUGUAUGGCGAGAAGUACAAACCGUUCAAAGGCAUCAAAUACAUGACGAAGGCCGGCAAGUUUCAGGUCCGGACGUAG